AUGGAUGCGUUAAUUGCAUUGAUACCAUCACUAUCAAAUACUAGUGAUAACGAAAUAGAGGAUGAUGUUUCAAUAAAUUCAGAAAAUGGUGAUAAUAGUGAUAUCAUUCAAGAGAGAAUAGAAAAAAAUGAUGUUACGACUAACUGUAGUACCAAGAACAUUUUAAGGAAUUUUGAUAUUGUGGAAAAUAAAACAGAGAGAUUAAAUCAAGGGUUGGGUACUAGGAAUGAAAAUAACUAUACUACGGAUGAUGAUGAUACAAGUAGUAGCGGAAGGUCAGCGCAUAAUUUGAGAAAACGGAGAAAAUUUUUGAACAUUGAAAUGGACCAUGAAAGUGAUAAUUUAGAACUCGAUGUGGUAAACGAUUUUAGUGAUGCAGCAUAUUCAAGCGAUUCAGGGAUAGAUCGUUCAGGGACAGAUCGUACUACACAAAUAAUGCUGCCGAUUCCUGUUGAUGAUCUUUGCGAUAAUUCAGAGGCUAUUGAUGUUACUGGCAGAACAUUACUGAAACUUGAUUGUGUUUACGUUAACAUAAAAACGAAUGAAUUGAAAACCAAAUUAGCGAGCACACAGCAACUCAGAGAGGCAAAACAUCUUCAUCCUAUUUCUAUAGGAAAGCCUAAAGAUUGCAAUGAAUGGCUUCGAUCAGAUGCUGCAAUAGAGUUAUGGGAAAAUAGACCAACACGUAUGGUUCAUGUUAGAAAGAGGAAGAGAUCUAAUAGUCAAAGUAGAAUUAAAACUAGGAAUGCUACUAGAAAUGCUACUAGAAAUGCUACUAGACGUAUCAGGAGAAAAUCGAUUCCAAGUCAAACCGGUGGCAAAUCACGCUUUAUGAUGGAUUAUUAUUACCAAAAUUUCAUGAAAUUAAAACAAAAUGAAGAAUUUAAUGAAUCUUCUGAUUUCUCUGAUUCAAAUGAAUCAAAUUAUACAUCUGAUUUUUAUGAUUCAAAUGAAUCAAAUCAAGCGUCUGACUUUUAUAAUUCAAAUGAAUCAAAUUAUGCAUCUGAUUUUUAUGAUUCAAAUGAAUCAAAUUAUGCAUCUGAUUUUUAUGAUACAAAUGAAUCAAAUCAAACUUCCGACUUUCAUAAUUCAGAUGAAUCAAAUGAAAUUUUUGAUUCAGAUGAUUCAAACGAAACUUUAGAUUUUCAUGAUUCUGGUCCGGUAGUAACUGACAUUUCAGAUGAUGAAUCGGAAGAACCCUUCAAUUACUUGGGAACUGUAAAAGGAAAGAAAAAUUCGAAAGAUUUUUUGAAUACAAGAAAAGAUGAUAAGAGACCGUUUAACGAAGCAAAUGACUGGGAAUUGCCAUUGUUGGGAUCUAGUCCUAUUUAUGAAUAUUCACAAAAUACUCACAUCCAAUUUUAUGAAAUUUCCACGCCGUCGACUGAUGUUAAUGCUGAAGAGUCAUACUUCAAUCUUAAAUCCGAUUUUAAUUUGAACGACAAUAAAAUUAAAAAAGCAAAAAAAACCAAGAAAAUUAUUUUAGAUGAUUCAAGUGAUCUAUCCACCGAAGAUGAAGAAGAAACCAUUGUAAUGUCAAGUGACGGUUGGUCAAUGAGUCAGAAAUCAACUGAAUCAGACGUUAUUACUGUGGAUGACACAGAUUCUCAACGACUAUAUUCAGCAAAGGAUUUGAAUUCUAUACAUCAAGAUUCGGCUUUAUCAGAACCUCCUCGGUACGAACCACAAAUUGGCAAAGUUGAUGAUCCGCAACUAUAUUCAAGAAUUUUUGAAAGUUUAAACUUAUCGACGCCUACACACGAACUUACAAAUGGUUCUUUAUUUGAUCAGACGUUAUUUACAGUUGAUGAUUUAAGCAUGUGCUCUCGACCAACAACUCCCACCUCUGAAGUUAACAUGUCUCUUGAAGAAUGUAUCGCAUAUUCACGAUAUUCUCACUUUAACGAAUAUUGUUCAGAGAAGACCAAAGAUGAAAGAUUGACCGAUUAUUUACAAGAUUUGGGUGGUAACUAUAAUGAAUGGUAUACUCCUAUAUGGGAUUCAGAGGAUCCAAUCACGGAUUUGUUUAGACCUUUAUUGGAUGAGCCAUGCGUCAUUUAA